AUGUUGAUGAAAUGGACUUCCGUUCUUCUGCUGCUACAAGUGAGUUGUUACUUUAGCUUUGGAAGUUGUGGAAAGGUGCUGGUGUGGCCCACAGAAUACAGCCAUUGGAUGAACGUGAAGACAAUCCUUGAUGAACUUGUACAGAGAGGGCAUGAGGUGACUGUAUUGACAUCUUCAGCUUCCAUUCUUAUUGAUCCCAACAAAGAAUCAGCUUUAAAAUUUGAAGUUUAUCCUACAUUUUUAACUAAAGAUGAUUUUGAGGGCUUGUUUACACUAUGGAUCCAUAAAUGGAUUUAUGAUUUUCAAAAAGAUACAUUUUUUACUUAUUUCUCACAAUUACAAGAAACCAUGUUGGAAUUUACUGACUGCAUUUUAAAUCUCUGCAAAGAGGUAGUUUCGAACAAGAAACUUAUGACAAAACUACAAGAUUCAAGAUUUGAUGUCAUUCUUGCAGAUGCCAUUGGUCCCUGUGGUGAGCUGCUGGCUGAGCUGCUUCAAAUACCCUUUGUGUACACUCUGCGCUUCUCUCCUGGAUACACAUUUGAAAAGUAUAGUGGAGGACUUCUGAUCCCUCCUUCCUAUGUACCUAUAGUUUUGUCAGAAUUAAGUGGUGAAAUGACAUUUGUGGAGAGAGUAAAAAAUAUGAUACAUGUGCUUUAUUUUGACUUUUGGUUCCAAGUGUUUAACGCGAAGAAGUGGGAUCAGUUUUACAGUGAAGUACUAGGAAGACCCACUACAUUAUGGGAAACAAUGGAGAAAGCUGAAAUUUGGCUUAUUCGAAGCUAUUGGGAUUUGGAAUUUCCCCGCCCGCUCUUACCAAAUUUUGAUUUUGUUGGAGGACUUCACUGCAAACCUGCCAAACCCCUGCCUAAGGAAAUAGAAGACUUUGUCCAGAGCUCUGGAGAAAAUGGUGUUGUUGUGGUUUCUCUAGGGUCCAUGGUUCCUAACAUAAAGGAAGACAGGGCCAACGUGAUUGCAUCAGCCCUUGCCCAGAUUCCACAAAAGGUUCUAUGGAGAUUUGAAGGUAAGAAACCAGACACCUUAGGACCCAAUACUCGGCUGUACAAGUGGAUCCCUCAGAAUGACCUUCUUGGUCAUCCAAAUACCAAAGCUUUUAUAACUCAUGGUGGAGCCAAUGGCAUUUAUGAAGCAAUCUCCCAUGGGAUCCCUAUGGUGGGCAUUCCUUUGUUUGGGGAACAAGCUGAUAACGUGGCUCACAUGAAGGCCAAGGGGGCAGCUGUUAAAUUGGACUUCAGAAAAAUGUCAACUACAGAUUUGCUCAAUGCAUUGAAGACAGUCAUUAAUGACCCUUCAUAUAAAGAGAAUGUUAUGAAAUUAUCAAGGAUUCAUCAUGAUCAGCCCAUGAGACCUCUAGAUCGAGCGGUCUUCUGGAUUGAGUUUGUCAUGCGUCACAAAGGAGCCAAACACCUGAAGGUUGCAGCCCACAACCUCAACUGGAUCCAGUACCACUCUUUGGAUGUGAUUGGGUUCCUGCUGGCCUGUGUGACAACUGCAAUAUUCCUCAUAACAAAAUGUUGUCUGUUUUUUUACCGGAAAUUUGCUAAAACAGGAAAGAAGAACAAAAGGGAGUAG